AUAAUUAUACUAAUUUUUCAAGUAUUUCUUAUAAAAAAAAAAAAAAAAAAUAAGUACGCAUUGACGUAUUUUUUUGCUCCGCAUUGCAACUUAAAUAAUAUUACUGUCAGUGUGAAGGAAGAUAAAAAUAAAAAAAUGGGCUCAGAACAAAGUUCACAAGGAGCUCAUGGAACUGGACGAUUUGGAGGACAAUCUCGAGGACAACUGAGACGUGGUAAAAGUGUACCCAGCCGUGAGCAUUUACCUGAUGACACAACGCCACGUUCAUCGAGUCCAGGACCUAGUAUUUGUUCUGAUUCGGAUCUGCCUUACAUAUCUUAUACUGUUAAUCAACCGAUUGGUGACUCUCCAAAGAUAUCAAAUAAACCAUCGCUAAUAAGAGGAAAAAGUUUUGGAAGCUCAGAAGUAACAAGACGUAAAUCUAGUUUAGGUUUGAGAAAAACUGCCGUUAAUUCGGUGAAGUCAACGUCAACAACAGCACACAAUAUUGUCGUUGUAAAACCAGCCAUAACUGAUCCUGAUACAGAUAAGGAUCCAGACUUAGUUAAAUUACAAAGUAUACCAAUGUUUCUACCAAUAAUGCGUGGUACACUUAAUUUACCACCAGGAGUACGUGAUCCUGAAAUAUUGGAACGACUUGAUCCUGUAGGAUUAUAUAAUUUAUGUGCUAGAUAUCAACAUCAUUUAAAUGCAAAUGCGCAAAUGAUUGCUAAUGAACAAAAUUCACUCUGUGUUAAUAUUGACAUUGAAAUAAAUAAAAUAAUGACACAAGCAGUUGAACGGCAAAAAAAAUUUGCCAAAUUUGCAGAACACAUGAACAAAGUUCAUGAACUUAGUAAACAAUUAACCAAGUGCCAUAUGCAAUUAAAUCAAACAUUAGAAAGUCUCGAGACACUCAAUAAUUUAUUACCUAUCAAAGAUCGUUUGGAACCUUUUGUUUGGACAACUGGAUAAUAAAAUAUAUUAAAUAUUAUUUUACGCUA